CUUUCUUCGGCGUUCUUCUUUCUUCGGUUAUGGAUCGUUGAGUUCUUUGGUUAUAGUUCUCUCUUCAAAUUAUGUUUACCCAAACUCCAUAACCAUGAAUCUAUUCUCCCACCCUCAGAACCCUAAUUUUUUCUUCCACUCUCCUCCCCUAACCACUAACCUUUCCCCUAAUCUUCCCACUCCUCCUGCUCCUCCAGUUCCUGAUCUCUCUGCAGCUCUCUCUUCUCUCAAAGCCCUCAUCUCUCACACACACCAAACCCUCGACUCCUUCUCUAAAAUCCUUUCCCUAAACCCUCAUUCUCUCCUCCGGAAACCCGGAAAUGACAAUCUCGUCGCUUGCCCCGUCAAUCCUCACCAUCUCAUGCCAACUGAGUCUCUCUUCCUCCACUCCCUUCACUGCCCAUCUCCUCUUGACCUCACUCCCCUCGUUGCCUCUUUGCAUUACCCAAGUUCCUUCAAGUCAUCUUCCGAAUUACAACACGAGACUCACUUUAUUCAGUCUCUAGAAAACGCCGGCGAUUCCGAGCUCUGCUUCUCUUUGGAUGAUUACGUAAAUUUUGGGACUAAUUUUUUUUACAAAGAUUGUCCGGGUGUUGUCAACUUCUAUGAGGUUGAUGGUAUAAGGAGGACCUUUCAAUUGCCUAGGGUUUUAUCUGUUGAAUGCGCUAAUUUUGUGGGUUUUGGUGAGAAAGAGGUGAAGAAGGGCUUUGACAUCGAGGGCUUUAGUGUAUUGCCAUCAGAUUACUGGGCAAUUAGAAAUGAGAUUGAUAGCUGGGCGGAUUAUCCCUAUACGUGUUCUUUUAAUGUUCUCUGCGCCUUUUUGGGGUUGAAAAUGGUUGAUGAGGGCGAUAUGAGGAAAUGGCUAAUAGCUAAUUCUCCACGCUAUGGAGUUAUAAUUGAUGUGUACAUGAGGGAUCAUAUGUCGGUCCUGUUUCGAUUGUGUUUAAGAGCAAUCGUCAGGGAAGCAUUUGGUUUGGUAGAAUCAGCCUUGAAAGGUGGUGAAUUAAAAGGGAAAGAACCAGAGAUGAAUUUGAAGUGUAAAAGGUUGAACUGUCCUGUUCUGGUUCAAGUGUUAACAUGGUUUGUCUCUAAGCUUUCUGUUUUAUAUGGGGACAUUAAUGGAAAGUUCUUUGCCAUUGAUAUUCUUAGGCAAUGUAUAACAGAAUCUGCAUCACGGCUGUUGUUGUUUCCGUUGGAAAAACAGGUGAUUGACAUUCAUAAAUCGACAGAAGGAUCUGAGAGAUUAAAAAAUAAUGGCAUACAGAUUGAGGAUAUGAAACCGGAAGAGCCACUCGAAAAAGGUGGAAAGUGUGAACUGAAGAACAGAAUGGAGGGAUCUGUUGUCAAAGGUGUGGUUUUUGUGUCUCAAGUAGCUGCAGCCAUUGCAGCAUUGCACGAAAGGUCCCUUCUUGAAGAAAAGAUCAGGGAAUUGCGGUUUAGUCAACCAGUAACGAGAUACCAGCGAAUGACUGAACAUGAUAUUCUAUCAAAGAGAGCUGAAGAGGAGCGGAUAAACCGUUCCAAUUAUAAGGCUAUCAUUGGGCAUGAUGGGCUUCCUCGACAACAAACAUCUAACCAGGAAACAAAGAGGACAAAGACUAGAGAAGAGUUAUUGGCUGAAGAAAGGGAUUAUAAACGCCGAAGAAUGUCAUACCGUGGAAAGAAAGUAAAGCGAACAACUUUACAGGUUAUGAGGGAUAUAAUAGAGGAGUACAUGGAAGAAAUCAAGCAAGCAGGGGGUAUUGGGUGCUUUGAGAAGUAGAUGAAGACAGAGAAAUGCUACCGUCCAAAUCAACGUCUUA